AUGAAGUCCUUCGGUGUUAUUGCCCUUGCUGCCUCGGCCUCUGCUGCCUACAUCAACGGAACCGCUCCUGCCAACGGAACCGUCUACACCACUGAGAUCGUCACCGCACUUACUACCUACUGCCCUGCUGCCACCACUGUUGUCCAGAACGGCAAGACCUACACCGUCUCCUCCGCCACCACCUUGACCAUCACCGACUGCCCUUGCACCGUCGUCAAGACCAUGGCUCCCUCUGCCACUGGCUCUUCCAACGGCACUGCCUCUGCCACCAAGCCCGCCAUCUACACUGGUGCCGCCAACAACGUCGUCGCUGCCGGUUACGGUCUCGCCGCCCUCGGUGCCGCCGUUGUCCUCCUGUAA